AUGAUCGGUCAAUUUGACACCUACCAUUCUUCAGUCUGUAUCUCUCCCCCGAACCAUGGCAUCGAUGCUCAGGGAGUACCGGGACCUUUGUUGCGAUAUGCCACAAACCACUGGGCGGAACUAAAGGCUAAAUUCCUUCUAGUUUACGCAGAGGAGAUGUCAUGGACUCCAUCAUCUCAAACCUGCUAUCCUUCAACUCCGAGAUCAAGACGUCCCUUGAGAGCACGCUCACAAAAUGCGCAUUUUUGGACACUCGAAGACAGGAUGAAACGUAUCCAGUCCCGCGCCACCCUCCAGCGUAAACCUGCUUCGCCAAACCUUUCUCGGCAAUCGACAAUACCAGACCUCAAAGUUCUUCAUGCGCACUAUGCUCGCCAGCGUAUGCACGGAGAAGCAUAUGACGAAUACGAGUGCGGAAAUUCCAGUCCAAAGCGCAAGCGAGCUGUUAUUGGUAUUCGCGGUGUGGAUAAAGCCUCUCGGGAAAUGUUGCCCUUCGUGAGGCCUCGACGUUCAUACCAAUGCAGCUACGGUAAGCGACAACCACAAUGGUCACUAGGUGUCCAAGGUUUGGCGGAUCCCCGUAUCGACGCUAUAGUGGAUCACGAGAUGGUAGACGUCAAGGAUGAAUCUUGGUUGCAGUCCAAUGCAAGACCGAGAUUUUCGAUCGGUGCAGAUAGCACUUCCAUGAAGCAUGUCGUUUAUGGCGAUUUUGGUGUACCUCGCAUGUUUGAGAGAGGGCUGGCGUCGAAGAAGACGACUGAUCCCCGUCCACGACCUCGUCCUACCAUAACUAUGGUCGACAUUGACAUGAUUGCAACUCGAGAACCUCCAUCUACCAGUCAUCACCGAAACAAAUCUUCAAAGUUCGUCCAAGCUCCUGAGCCAAUGCAAACCACUGCAGACCUGAUGCGGGAGAUUUUUGGCGAUGGAGAAGUGGACGACGCGGACAGCGUCUUGUCUAUGAUUAGAUCCAUGAAUAUCAUGUGA